AUGGCGGUGCAGGGUUCUGGAUGCCGCCUCCCGCCGCCGCUGGUGCUGCUGGGCUUCGCCGUGCUCGUCCUUUCUCCGCCCGCCGCCGCGCAGCCCCCCCUCGACGCUCUCCGCGCCGGCCACGCCGCGUCCUCGCUGCCCGCCGCCGCUGCCGCGCCGCGCACCAGAUACCUUUUGUAUGAUGUAAAUCCUCCUGAAGGGUUUAACCUCCGCAGAGAUGUGUACAUUCGCAUUGCUUCCCUUUUAAAGACCUUGCUGAAAAGUGAAAACUGGGUGCUAGUUCUGCCUCCCUGGGGACGUCUUUAUCACUGGCAGAGCCCCGACAUCCUUCAGGUCCGGCUCCCUUGGUCUGAGUUCUUUGAUCUCCCAAGCCUCAACAGGAACAUUCCUGUCAUUGAAUACGAGCAAUUUCUUGCAGAGUCAGGUGGGCCCUUUAUUGAACAGAUUUACGUCCUACAAGGCUACGCAGAAGGAUGGAAAGAAGGAACAUGGGAAGAAAAAAUAGAUGAAAGGCCAUGCAUUGAUCAGCUUAUGUACUCCAAAGACAAACACGAGUACUACAGGGGAUGGUUCUGGGGUUACCAGGAGACACGGGGCCUAAACGUCUCUUGUUUGUCUGUUCAAGGAUCUGCCUCUAUCGUGGCUCCCAUCCUUUUGAAGAACACUUCAGCACAGUCAGUGAUGUUAGACAGAGCUGAAAACCUUCUUCAUGACCACUACGGAGGGAGAGAUUACUGGAAUACCCGUCGGAGCAUGGUGUUUGCUAAACACCUCCGUGUAGCAGGAGAUGAGUUUAGGAGCAAAUACCUUCAGUCCACCGAUGAGGCAGACAGGACUCACUACAAUGAGGACUGGACACAGAUGAAGGUUAAGAUGGGCACAGCUCUAGGUGGUCCAUACCUUGGGGUUCAUCUCAGAAGGAAAGACUUCAUCUGGGGUCACAGAGAAGACGUGCCUUCCCUGCAAGGAGCUGUAAAGAAAAUCCACAGCCUCUUGGAGAUGCUUAAACUUGAAAGAGUUUUUGUAGCCACUGAUGCUGUUGAGGAAGAGAUUGAAUUGCUCAAGAAACUGCUGCCUGAGAUGGUGAGAUUUGAACCCUCAUGGGAGGAGCUGGAGCUCUACAAAGAUGGGGGCUUGGCUGUGAUUGACCAGUGGAUCUGUGCACAUGCAAGGUAUUUUAUAGGCACCUCAGUUUCCACGUUUUCCUUCCGGAUCCAUGAAGAAAGAGAGAUCUUGGGAUUUGAUCCAAAAACAACUUACAACCGGUUUUGUGGCGAAAAGGAGAAAAACUGUGAGCAGCCAACUCACUGGAAAAUUGUGUACUAAAGUACAGAGAAUUCCAAGGACUUCAGCACUGGCAGGGAUGUUAGCAAGAAAACUGCAGUCAGCCUGGGAUCCAGUACUUGUCAUAGACACAAACAGAGAACCACCAGACACUGCAAGUGAGACUUGAGAGGUAAAACUUUGUCCUGAAACCAGGCACCAAACUAAGUAAAUCACAGCUUUCUUUAGAGUUCUGAGGAGGAAGAGGGGCGGUUUUAACUUUUAUAAGUUAAAAUACUCUAUUUCUGUCUUUAUUUUUUGUCCUGUUCAGUGUUUGCCUCUCUGAUGGCAAAAAAACCCACAUCUUCUUUUGUGACCUGCACUACAUGAGGUGCAAGUUGUGUGGAAACUGUCAUUCUCUGGGGAAAUCUUCCAUCUUCAAGCAGUAUUUUGUGAACAUUUAAAUUGUCUGAUGCAGUCAGUGCUUGACAAAAGAAAAGGAGGAGGUGUUUUGACCUGAAUACCAACUGCAUUAACAGUAGCUUCAGUGGGUCUGUGCUGAAAGGGGCAAAAUGAUACAGGGCUUGUAGGCUGGUAAGAGAAAGGUUCUGUCUAUUGUUAUGUUUUACCUUCACAAAGGAAACUCUUUCUGCCCAUCGUAGUCCUUCCAACAGCCUUCUCAGUUGCACUGAUGCAGAUGUCAGCACCCUUUUGGGCACACCCAGUUGCUCAGGUCAGUGAGGGUGAUGGGUUGCUGGGGAGCAGGGAAGUUUCCAUGUCAGUCACGUGGGUUGUCCCAGUGAUUCAGUAAAGGAAUUUUCUGCACUUCUCCCUUGCACAAACUGAAAGGAGUAAACUGAGGACAAUCACAGACAGGGAAGGUCCCUGGGCCUUGAGGAGAUGUGCAUAAACCGUCUGGAACGUGGUAGGUGAGGUUGUGCUCUGAUGGAGAUGCUGGUUGGUACAGGGGAAGAACCCUCUGCUACACCACCAGCCACAAGUGAAAUGCACCUCCUGUUUGAGGAGGGCUUUGUAGAGGUAUCUGUUGCAGCUCUUGCAGUCUCCUGCUCUGCAGAAUUGGCUGCUGGGCAGUAUUCUGCUUCACGCUGUGCUUCAGGUGGCUCUUUCACUCUGCAGGUCUACAGAGCUCUGUUAAGCAGGACAAACCUUUCUCAAAAGUGGCCUAGGAGACAGGUUCAAAAGGUGAAGCAGACACUGCUCCUUAAAGUCAGUAUUACCAAAUUACCUCACUGCCAGUGGACCCUUUUGCUCUUUCCUCUUGGCUUGAGUGGGAGCACAUGGAACAGUCCUGCAGUGGACAUCUCCCACAUGCUACCAGACAAUUCUGUUACUUCCUCCUGUGCAAAUGCAGCAGAAGCUGGGCAGACUUCUCAGGCAGUCUCAGCACCAGGUCUCCUGUUCCUACCCCAUGUAUUCCUUCAAAGCAGUGCCUUUUUCCACAAAGUCAAAUGUUCCCCUUUAACCUGUGCACGUGGAAAGCAGUGGUGGCAUUUUCUGUGUUAUGUAUACCUCAGUAUGACAAUAAAAAGCUUUGUAGCAUUUUA